GCCAAUUAGCAGCAACUGAAUGACUGCGGACUUUUUGGAAACCACGCGAUCAUUCGGCGCACUUUCCCCAUUCGGACGGCAGUACUAUUUCCUUAGAAAGCUUUUGGCAUUGAACUCGAAGCUGGCCGAUCAUCCUGAGCAUUACUGGUCGUGUCCUCAAAAUGUCGUUAUCCCAGGGACUGAGGUGGUCUGGUCGAGGCAUAGGCAAUGGCCGCCAAAGAUUAGUCCUCGGUGUGCGAGGUGUGCGAAAUUUCUCUCUGCACACUUCUCGAGUCGCUCGUCCACAGGCGAAAUUGACACGGACAUCGACCGGUACAGUCUUUCAAGGCUCAUAUCAAACGCGCUCGCUUUCUUUAUUUGGGUGGGGAGGCAAAAAGGCUGCGGAAGAGGUUGCCAACACACCACCGUCUUCUGCCGCGGAGACUGCUGCUCAGGCCUCAGGUUCACCACAAAAUGUGGUCGAAACAGUGAAGUCGGUAAAGGCAUCACAUGCGACAUCCGACGCUCCAGAUCUUACUUUUACGCACCCUCAUCCAGUCAGCCCGGCCGAGCCAGAAGCCUUGCGAAACCUGGAAAACGAGAUUCUCAAACCCCACGGCGCAACACCACCUGCAACCGAGACCGGCGAUGUUCCUGAUCUAGCAUCGAUUCCCGAAGGUUUGGGAUACCUCAAAGAUGCCUGUGGGUUGGACUUUGGCUGGGGUCCGACGGCCAUUUUGGAAGUUUUACUGGAACACCUCCACAUCACGGCUGGGCUAUCGUGGUCCGCCUCUGUGAUCGGGCUGGCUAUCCUCGUGCGGACGAUAUGUCUGCCCGCUUUGGUUGCUGGAAGUGACCAGAGCGCCAGAAUGAGAGAGGUACAAGGAGUGCUAGCGCCACUGAGGGAAGAACUCUCGGAGGCCCUCCGGAACAACAACAGACAGGCAGCCAUGGAAAAACAAGCCGCAUUGCGAUCAAUCAACAAGGAAUACGGAAUUUCCCUUCCCAAAGCGUUUGGAGGAAUCCUUCUCCAGAUCCCCUUGGGAUUCGGAGCCUUCCGACUGCUCCGCAACGCUGGAACCCUACCCGUCCCUGGAUUCGAGACUGAACAGUUUCUCUGGUUGACCAACCUCUCCUCGGCUGAUCCACUCUACGUAUUACCCAUUUUGACCGGCUUGAUGACCUAUCUGAAUGUAAAGACAAAUCAAAGGUCGACCAACAUGGGCAACCUCGCACGGAUUAUCACACCACUUUUGCCCAUCGUUUCAUUUGCUGCUCUUUCGUUCCAACCCGCCGCGCUACAAUUAUACUUUUUGGCCAACGGCAUAUAUACGCAGAUGCAGUCGAUGUUGAUCCUGAACCCAAGGUUCCGACGAAUGCUGAAACUUACACCGUUGCCGUCCUCGCCCAGUCCAUCGGGCCCGACCACAGCGACGGCGAAACCAAACUUCGCCAAGAUGAAGGUUGGAGGACAGAAGCCUUCUGUUGUUGAAGAGCAGGCUCCACCCACCGACCGAAGUGUCAUUGACAAAGGUGUGGAUCUGGUCAAGGAAAAAGGAUCCCAAGCGAUCAAAGGCGUGUUUGGGAAUAUGAACGAGGCAUGGCAGAAGGAGAAGAUGAAGAGAAUAGAAAAGGAGAGACAGGAGAAGCGUGCCGCCACGAUAGCCAAAUACGAGGCUCAACGGAGACAAGAUCUCGAGGAGCAGAGAUAUCAGCGAAACGCUGGCGCUGUCGGACCCAUGCGGAUUAACCAGACUUCAGAGGCGCCUUUGUCUUCGAAGAGAAGGGAAGAGAAAUAAAUCUGAGUGUGAUUAAGAUGGAGUCAUCACCGGCCGACCACUGUUUGAGGCAUGUUGUCCCGCGACUAUAUCCCGCUUGACAUGCCACUUCAGGGGGGCCGCCUAUGCAAGAAAAGGACCUCUUGGGUAUUGUUGCAUGAGAGCUUCGAGGGACGCCGGCCGCAAAAAGGGCGUAGGGGUGUGGCCUCCUAGAACACCUGGAAGCCGUCUUUUGAGCCAACCGAAUGACAUCACAAUGGCCGUGGUCAUUCUGACAACUGCAACUGUAGGCAGUUGGUGUCUUCCGGGCCGCCGGUGGCGGUGGAGUCGAAGCUGGGAUCUUUGACACGCCAUUGUAUAUUGGUGAGAUGUACGAAAAUUAAGUGUAUGGCAAGAGACUCCUGGGGGAUCCAAUACUACUACUACUACCACCGGCCUUUCUACUCGGGCGUCCAAGCCGUUGGUGAUGGUAGUGGUAGUGGUAUCGAAGGUGGUGGGUGAGCGGGUGUUUUCAAAACCAAAGUCAUGCUUGUUGUGUUCGCAGAACUGUAUAUUUUACAUACUUUGUGCCCCCGCGAAGGAAUCUCAAAAAGAAACUCUGAUCACCACAUACUUUUGCAUUCAAUCGUGGCAUUGUCUUCUAAGUAUACUGCUGAAGUGUCGGGGCGAUAGAAAUCAAUGCAUUUAUGUGGCCUACAGCACGAGACGUAUCGACAUGAUAGCAUGGAUUCAGAGUUCAAAUUCAGUUCAAUAUUUUCAUUUGUUUUAACCCAGAAACUCUAUCGCUCGCUGCUAAGCAGAUCUAGUGAUACACAAUGCAUUCGUUUCCU